AUGGAUAUAUUUCACCCUAAUAACAAUAAUAAUAAUUCAUCGUUAUUAUUCGAUAAAAGAAAUAUGAUCGUUCAAAGUACAACUAAUAAUACUGCACCUUCAUCAGCAUGUUAUACAUCACCAAAGAAUCAUUGUAAUAUUGUUGAUACAAUAGAGAAUAUUAUUUCAAGUAAUACAUUCAACAAUAAUAACAACGGAAUAUACACAAACAAAAUUUCAUCAGCAUUUGUUCGACCAUUUCUAUCCAACUACGGCUAUUAUUACCAACAAACCACAAACGAUAAUAUUGUUGAAGUGAUCCAUGAUGAAGAUGAUCACCAGAAACAUGAAUCAAUAUCAUAUAUGCAACAGCAAACUACAUUAUCAAAUAUCAACAGUUAUGUUGAGACAGAUGCAUCGAAUAGGAUUCAAAUUUCAACAGGUGAAAAUAAUAAUCAACAAUACUUUCUUUAUGACAAUAUAGUGUACAAGAAUGGACCAUUGAAAUCAAUCAAAAAUAACAAUAAUAAAAGUUUAAGACAUGUGCCACAUAAGAAUAAGCCACCACAGAUUGUUGAGCGUCGUAAUGCACGAGAACGUCGACGUGUUGAAGCUGUAAAUAGUGCUUUUAUACGACUACGUAAAGCUGUGCCAAUUGAAAAUACAAGAGGUAAACGCAUCAGUAAAGUGAAAACAUUACAAAAAGCUAUUGAAUACAUUACUGCCUUACAAAAUUUACUGAAAGAAACUGAAUCGUAUUUUCCAAUUCAAUUUAAAGUAAGUUUUCAUAAAUAA